CAUUUCAGGUGCUACAGUCACAGUACAGAAAAGUUUGCAUAAUAAUGCACCCAACAUUGCACAGACAUUGGUUACCUUGCUGCAAGGAACACAGAUAGUUCUUGCUUUAGUUGUGGAUUUUGAGUUUUGCAAAAAUAUAGCACAAAUGAGGCCAUAUUUAUUGAACCAACUGUUGUACAAUAUCUGAGCAUAUAUUUCUUGGUGUCUGCCCAAUUUUCUGUUCAGAUCAAUAACUGGUGGAUCUACUUGUCACCACACCUGACACUGGUGCUGUCACACAGGGCUCCACCAGUAUUGUCUAGGAUGCACUCAUGAUUAGUACUCAAGCCUGUAACUCAGUAUAUUGAUUGAUUUAACCUGAAAAUGGUAGCACAAUUUUUCAAGAAUUGAAUUUUAAUAGAAAUAAUUAUUUUAUCCAUCACUGGCCCCUUCAUGAAUGACUAACAUGGUAAUGGACAUCUCAGUACAACAUGUGGUUAUAGUCACACCAUGAGCUGACCUUAACGAUCUGUAGAAUCAUCCUGAUCCUUCUGAUGACUGUUAUAUAAUUUCAUAUUAGGUUCAUUAAUCUUUAUCAUCUAUAGAAUAAUACUGAGCUAUCCAAUGUUUGUUGUAUCAUCAAUUUAGACUUGGAUACUGGCGCGUUCUUUACCUCACAGUUACAAAUCAUAUUCCAUUCUGCCAAGACUAUCAGCAGGGCGCCAAUCUGCACCGUGGACCUAAUCGAUAUGCCUCCAUUUGUCUAAAUCAAUCUAGAAGGAUAAGCUCCACAUCCACAUCUACAAUGAAUCACGCAUUUCUAGCAGCCAGUUUUCAUUAACUUUGGAGUACAGUCAUACAAAAUUAUGCUCGAGAUCAUCACCAUACAAGGUGUACUAUACUUCCCUUCACCCUAACCACUGAUGGCUGAGGCUCCUCGUCACCUUAUAUUCCCCUUCUUUCUCCCUGCUCCUCUCUAUGUUCCACCACGUCCAUUAUAGGACAAAAUGGAUAUUUGCAAUAUUUUAUAUAUUUCACAUAAUUAACUUGGAAUAAAAUAGGAUAUAUUGUGAAACAAGGUAAUACGAUAGUCGUAGUAAUUAGUGAUAUUGGUCUGGUAAUAGUGGUAGUAACCAAGCAGUAUAAUAAUGAUCAUAAAGCAACAGUAAUAAUAACAUAACAACGAGGAGGAAUUAGUAACGCCGUUGGUGAGGUGACACACACCUUGGUUGCCUAGAAACGGGCGGCAGGGAAAGGACGCUGAGCACUUCCUCGCCGCCCUUCGAGCACCUGGCGUGAUGAUGGUGUUCAGGAAGGGCUUGCGGAGCUUCACUUACAACGACUGAUAGAAGUCAAGAUCAGUCCCGUGGUGUACUGACCUUGUGUCGGAAUGUCUCGCGAAACCGUCAGCUUCACUCAGUCUGGUCCCACGCCUGUGUGCGCGGACGAGGGCACGCUGCCUUCACGCACCGGCUGCUACAUCAUCACCCUCACCUUUCCCCAGCCCACGCAGGUUGGAGAGGUUACCUUCCGGAACCACUACACCUGGGCCGUGGGUGUGCAUGUGCUGCGGGCAACCUCCAACUCCUCGUCAGGUGGCGUGGUGGGGGCAGGCCUUCUUGGGGGGGAGGCUGGUAGCGAGGCAGCCUGGGUGUGGAAGGACCCGGCGGCCUGGCAGGUGGGAGUGAGGAACAAGGUGAUCAUGCCUCACCCACACACGGAAACUGCCAGCCAUGACUUUGUGUCCAUCACCUGUCUGGAGAGCCGCAUUGACUGGCAGGACGUGAUCGGCAUGCGCCUCGUGCUGCGCCAGCCAUCCCCCGUGUGGCGCACCUUCUUCAUCGAGGAGAUCACCGCUUACAGGGAGCUGCCGCGCCUCCCGCCCUUCAGCGUGCCCAUCAUCACCCAGGACGGACAGAGGUCAAGAUCCCAGCAAGUGUCUGUGAUGGAACGUUUGGCUCAGCAGACAAAACUCGCCAUGCUCGUCCCUGAUGACUCCCUGGAGGGUGGACUCUCAGGCGGCAGCUACGACAUCACUACGUUACAGUACACCAGCUGAGGGAUGAAGCUCUUACCCAAUGCUGUAUUGAUGAAGUGCCUUGGGUGGUGCAGAAGCAGUGCCAGCCCAUGGAACCUGGCCUAGGGUAAAGCUUCUGUGUGUGGGCACCUGGAACAUCCUGAACAUCUCAAAGAAUCGCCAGCUGCAUCACACGCAGAGAGAGAGAGAGAGAGAGAGAGAGAGAGAGAGAGAGAGAGACCGCCACAGCCCACAGGAUGUAGCCCCACAGUAUGCUUACAUAACCCACAGUCACAUAGCCCCCCCCAGCCACAAAGCCUGCUCCCACGCCAUGUAAGGAUUUUUAAUGUAUUCUUAAAAGUAGUAUUUUCAAAAAUUCUCUGACAAAAUCCAUUUUUCCAAUUAUUUCUUUUGUUUGUCCAACACUAAUUUUGUCCUAUGCAAUGCUAUCUCUGAACAAAUUCUCGUGUUGGACAUGAGGUCACUGUAUAUAUUUUAAAUCA